UAUAUUUUAAGUCAAAAUUUCCGGUUUACAACAUAAGCGUUGCGGUUCGACUACUAACCAACUACCAAUGGCCCUCAACUGGUAUUUAUUGAAAACGACCGGGUCGACGAGCAGGGUCAACACCUAUGUUCGAAAGUUCACGGAAGGAUCAGAGCGAAGCGGAGUGAUGAACAUGACAUCCAAAGUGCAAAAGAAGACAGGUGCCACGAUCAAGAUCACGGAAUUGGAUAACAUGUCAUAUAUGUCCUCUUCCUCUCGGAAGAGCAACCGAUCCGGUCAAUUGAAGGUGUCCAUGAAUGGCCAAAACGUCGAUGUCGUCUGUCCAAUGCAACCCAGUUCCAAGCCCAUCGAGAAGCCCGUUGUUCGGGACUCUCCACAAAUGCGAGAGUUCUUUGAAGAAGUGCGUCAGCGGAAGCUCAAGGAUUACUAUCUCCAGAUGAAGGCGGCUCAAAGAAGUCCAACGGAGUUUGGUCCGGUAAAACGGGAUAAGAAGGAUCUCACCAAAAACGUUUACUGCACGGGGCAUAAACGAUUGAGGAUCCAAGAUUGUGAUCGGCAUAGGGAUCUCACCUGGUUGUGGAACUCCUCCGCCGCAUGUCCUCACUCUGCACUGAGUUGUGGAUGCAGCAGCGGUGUAUCCAGCCACUUGGAAACUUUAUUCAAGCUGCACAAUAUAAAAUGUCUCAUCUAAAAUGU